CAGCGACAGACGAAGCAUCAGCUCUGGCCACUGCCUGAGCAGCCUGCGCAAUGCCGUCGAUUUUUGUGCAGCACCAGCGCAUGCGAAUGCUGUACCGGCUUUUGCUGGUGCUGUCUGUGGGCAUGUUGCUUGCCGCGGUAGUUAGCGGCGAUUUUCGGCAAAUACUGCACAUGCUGCCUCUUUGUGGCUUGCUGAUGCUAUCAGCUUUGAGGAUGUCUAGCCAAACCGGCAUUGACUUCUACAACUCCCGUCAGAUGAGGUGGCACAUAGUGUCGACCUUGGCCAUUUGUGUGUGCAUGAGUUUGAGCUAUGUCGAUGAUCUGCGAUCUCGCAGUUGGGUUGGCUUUGCAGAGGUAGCUAUUUUGGCCCCUGAGUUGCUCACGAUGAGCAAAAGAGAACGAAGCCCUGCCAGAACAUUGCAAGAGUGCCUCUUCAAAGUGUGGCUGGGCACCGGUGUGAUCAUGUCCGUCAUGUCCCUGGUGAUCCCAGAACACAUGGCAGAUGUGCUGGAUGAAUGGGGUGCCAUCAGUCUGAUACUAGAAAAGAUAAUUUUAGGUGUCUUGGCAAUCUUGGUGCAAUGGCCCUGCACAAUCAUGGUCAUGGGUUGGUAAAAUGCAUGCUGCCAUUUGCAACUCAGGAGCGCUUGGUGAGCACCACACUUCAUGUACAGUGCUGCAAACAGGAGACUUGCGCCGCUUCCAUUCUGAGCCAUAAAGCGCACAGGAGCAGGUGACUCACUGACAGGAUUGAUCCAAAGCAAGUGAACCGUCCUUUCAUUAAAUUAAAUGCUCUUAACUUUGUGGUUUUGGGCACUUAACCUGAAGAGGAAGGGCUGUCCCAGAGUUCCAUUGGAUGUGUUGGUGAGAUUGAGGCCUUCUCAACCCCCUCAAAGAGGGUGUAUCUUCAGCCGGACUUAAAUGCCGGAAGGCAAAGCAGAGGCAUCGAACAAGUGGUGCCGCGUCUCUCUGCGAGGCAUCCGGUCUUGUUAGCAAAAA